AUGGGACUGAAAGGGAGUAAAAUGAGCAGAGUAGUGAGUUUUCGAAGGUUGAAAGGCGCUUCUUCAUCGGUGAUAACAACAACGACGACACGUACUACGCGAAGAGGGUAUAUUCCGGUUGCGGUGGGUGUGGACGAAGAAACGAGGCGUUUUAUGGUACAGACGAAGGCGUUGUCGAAUGAAGAGUUUGUGCAGUUAUUUCUGUGCAGAUCUGCUGAGGAAUAUGGCUUUUGCAAUGAGGGAGUUCUCAGGAUUCCUUAUGAUGCUAAAGCCUUUGAGGAUUGGAUGAAUAACACACGUGCCAAGCACAAGAUUUUCAGGAUUCAGCCCACAAACACGUACUAA